GUAUGUGUUGCUAUACAUGGAGUUGUUCGAAUACCUGCAUUCUAAUUAGAUGGUAGGAAUUCUCGCUACGCCUAUGUGGCUCCUCUUUGUGGAUCGUUGAGGCGGACCAUGUAUAUAAAGCGUGUGUACCACUCGUAUUCUCAUUCAGGUCUUGCACCCACCGAGUGUCACUAUUCUAGCAUGCCGGCUCCAAACCAAUGCUACUCCUGCGGUUCUGUCGGUCACUGGGCAAAAUCCUGUCCGUUCAUCCAAAGCCACAACUCAUUUGCCUGAUACCGUGCUCCUACCAGAGCCAGCUCAGUCUUUGCAUUCGGGGGUCCCAGGUGCCCAUCUGCAGUAUGGACCAUCCCAGCGUCCCAACGAGCCCUCCUUGCCUCGCCCAGUUUGCGAUCCAGCACCCCCGCCACUGAUGACUGCGAUAAGGCCGGCCCCUCCGGAAUCUCCGACGCCUAACAGCUUUUGUAGGACAUCAAUUUUCACAAAGUUUGACGAUGUUAUUCAGAUAGUUCGUAAGCACCCAUUUUGGCUCACCUGUCCUAUCCAGUUACAAGAUAAACCAGACCAGAUCCUGCAAGAUAUAAUUCUCGCAAAAUCGGAGGGCACGGUAAAUUCAUAUGUAUAUAAAUGUCAGCAAUUCUUUUCCUGGUUAAAAGUGAAUGGAGUCCCUCAAAUGUUGCCCGUCUCGGAACCAAUCUUGGCAACAUACCUCUCACAUGUCAAAGACCAGUCCAAUUCUGAAAGUGUUUUGGCUACAACUGUUGCUUCACUUAAAUGGUUACAUAUAUUAAUUAAUGUCAAGAUUAAUCCCCUCGAUUCUGCCAUUAUCCAGCAUAUUCUUAUCAGCGGUAGACGGCAAUUACAUCAACCCCCAGUACAAAAGCAUAGGUCCUUGUCGCAAUUUAGAAUUAUUAUCGAUUUGUUAACUGGCCCCGAUUCCUCACUCCUAGACCUGCGAAUGGCGUGUUAUGUUUCGAUUAAGUAUGCUUUGUUUCUUCGUCAUGAGGAAAUGGCGGCUAUCAAAGCUAAUCAUUUUUCUGUUCUUCAGGUGCAUAAAGGUAUUUCUGCAUUUAUUCCUAAAUCUAAAACGAUGUUUUCAGAGAUGGUCAAACCACUUACCUGUACGAUACAGAAGAUCCUUAUUCACCACUUAAAAUCCUGCGAAAAUUUAUGGAAGCCUUUGAUAUUCAAAUCGGGCAAGAUGCCUUCUUGUUUACUUCUCUCUCCUUCUCCAGCACGAAAACUUACAAGUGAGGAGCUAACAAGCCACUCAGUUACUCACGAUGCAGAGAAUUAUUUCUCCAAACGCUUAAACGUAUAGGGGUAGCUGAUCCACAUUCUUAUGGGUUACACAGUCUACGGUCUGGGGGUGCAAUUCAUUUGGCAAACAAACACGUUAUGGAGGCGUCGAUAAUGCAGAAGGGUCGUUGGAAGACAUAUCAAGCCC